AUGGCUUCCGCAGGUCCCGUCAUGGACAAUCUGUCCGUCUUCUAUCUUGUUCUCGUUAUACUAUGGACGUCCAUCACCGUCUCCUGCGCAGGCUUCCUCUUGCUCCACCACAAGACAUGCGCCCUCCUACGCGUGCGGAACAUCCCUCUCUCGUUGGCGGCCUGCGCCCUCCUUCAUUGCUACUGGGUAUCGGUCCAGCUGGGCUACGCGGUCGGACCCGUCAUGCCCGAGGACGCCGAGUACUGGAUCAUGGGGACGUGGCUACCGCUCGGCAUGGGCUUGUUCCACGGCAGUAACUGGCGCUUCCUGUGGGUGGCGGCCCACCAGAAACGCCUUUUGACGGAGGAGCCGGCUUGGAACCAGCCGAAGAAGAGCUGGUGGGAGAAGUUGAGCCACACGGGCAGGGUGAUUCUCGUGGUGGGUGCCGGACUCGUGGUUCAGAUCCUCGUGACGGUGCUCAUGUACAUCAUAUCUCGCAAGUGGCACUCGUCAUGGGGUAUUCCCGGCACGCAAGCUCAGGGCAGUACGCACGACGAGCGGAUGCACGACAUGGCCCGUGGCUGGGAGUGGUGGCCAACCGUCUUCUGGCAGUGUAUCUGGGCCUGGAUCGUGGCGCCCAUCAUCCUCUGGCGCUCGAGGCAUAUCCGUGACACGCAAGGGUGGAGGAUGCAGACAAUGGGCUGCUGCUUGGCGAGUCUGCAUGCUACGCCCAUGUGGCUCAUUGCACUGUACGUCCCAGCGAUGGAGAAGGUCAACCAGUAUUUCAUCCCUCCUCAAUGGAUCGCCUUAUCCAUCAUGCUCAUUGAGAUCUUCACGAUCCUCCUCCCGUGCUACGAGACUAUCCGCCACCGCGCGCAAAGAUCAACCGUCAUUGCCAACAUUGGAAGAUGGGAGACCAAGGACGAGGAGCACUACCAGCCAUCCGACACCACCAAUUCCAUCGACUCGUCCUCAAACUCCUCGUCGGGCAGCAUGCUCUCCAUGGGCGCCCUCGAGCACGUCCUCGAGAGCAAUCCCACGCCUCUGCUGCAAUUCUCCGCUCUGCGAGACUUCUCCGGGGAGAACAUUGCCUUCCUCACGGCGGUUGCCUCGUGGAGGGAUAUGCUACCUGGUUCAGGGCGCCGCUUGUCCUUCAACAUUGCCGAGAAGCUCGUGGAGGAUCUCAACCCGAACACCGACGCUGUCUACAGCCAUUUCAACCGCGCGCUGCGCAUCUACACCGACUACAUCUCCCCCAGCGCUGACUUUCAGGUCAACCUGCCGUCCACGAUCUUCCGCCGUCUGCACGCCGUGUUCGAGAUACCCGCCCGGACCAUCUACGGAGAGAAGCAGGGAGCCGACCUGUCGACCAUGUGGGACACGCCGCGGUCGAUGCCCAGCGAUGGGAGCGAGGGCGUGCGGGUGCAGUACUGGGGCACGAUACCGGCCGACUACGACGAAGGACUGUUCGACGAGGCCGAGGCGAAUAUCAAGUAUCUGGUGCUGACGAAUACGUGGUCCAAGUUUGUGAAGGAGAGGCGCAUGUCGAUCGCGUCGGACCUGACGGGGGCGCACGCGGUGAAUUAG